AUGUACACCACCAAGUUUAUGAACAAGAAUGUGACGGUGGACAACGGCCGCUACAUCACGGUCGGCGACCCCUACAUCGGGACGAAGGACAAGCUGCCCCUGCGGUGGAAGGAGAAGCAGUUCCACGUGCCCCAGGUGCCGAGUAACGCCGGCGAGGGCUACUUCGGGUUCAGCGGCAAGGCCUUCUCCUACCAGAGCGAGCUCUACACGGAGCAGCGGCCCUACAUGAAGACGCAGCCGCCGGACAAGCGCAAGCUCGGCUUCGGCACGCACGACGCGAGCCGGCGCGACGAGUUCUCCCAGACGAUCCGCACGGAGCAGUACCGCGAGACGCUCAAGAAGGAGGGCCGCGCGAACAACAACGGCUACGACGAGGACGCCAUCGAGGAGCUCAUGAAGAAGGAGAACGCAAAGGUGAAGAAGUUCGUCGAGACGAAGAAGGAGAUCGGCAACCUGUACGACGUCGGCCGCUCCAUCCACACGGAGUUCGACCCGAAGAACGGCCGCGACCAGUUCUACUCCAUGAAGCACGGCUACACCUACGAGAAGCGCAUGGGCAACAACCGCACGGCGUCCCAGGACAUCGGCGACGGCGCCUGGAACUUCAAGUACUCCAAGCCCGAGUUCUCCGCGCCGAGCCAGGUCAAGAACUUCUUCGACCAAUCCCACCUCGACAUCGGCGGCCUCUAA